UCACAGUCCCACGUGCACUCUCCCCUUCCUCACUCCUCUCCCACUCUACAAUCAAUUCAUAAUUAAAUCUUCACUCUCCCUCUCUCUCUCUUUCUCUCUCUCUCUCUCUCUUUGUUGCUAUUUAUUAUUAUUAUAUGAUAUCCUUGUAUUAUAUACAUAUAGACGAAGAGCGAGCCAGUUUUUCAGUGAAAGCAAGCUCCUUUACAUUCCCCUUUUGAUCAGAGUAUAAAGUUGUGCUGUGGUUCAUAAAAGGGACUUGCAUGACCCAUUUGAGUUGCCGAAUUUGAACACCACUUCCUUCCAUAGCAAAAGCUAGUUGUGUCUCUGUGUCAAGUUCAGGAGAUCAUGGAAAAGUACGAGGCCGUGAAGGAUUUGGGAGCUGGGAAUUUUGGGGUGGCUAGGCUCAUGAGAAACAAGGAGACCAAGGAGCUCGUUGCCAUGAAAUACAUAGAGCGUGGCCACAAGAUUGAUGAGAAUGUGGCAAGAGAGAUUAUCAAUCACAGAUCCCUUCGGCAUCCCAACAUAAUUCGCUUCAAGGAGGUAGUUUUGACCCCCACUCAUUUAGCAAUAGUGAUGGAGUAUGCAGCCGGAGGAGAGCUCUUUGAGAGAAUAUGCAACGCUGGAAGGUUUAGUGAAGAUGAGGCUAGAUAUUUCUUUCAGCAACUGAUUUCCGGUGUCCAUUACUGUCAUGCCAUGCAAAUAUGCCACAGGGAUUUGAAGCUAGAAAAUACUCUUUUAGAUGGAAGCCCUGCACCUCGCCUGAAAAUUUGUGACUUUGGUUAUUCCAAGUCAUCAUUGCUUCAUUCAAGACCCAAAUCAACUGUUGGAACUCCAGCUUAUAUCGCACCAGAGGUUCUUUCUAGGAGGGAGUAUGAUGGGAAGUUGGCUGAUGUCUGGUCAUGUGGAGUGACUCUUUAUGUCAUGCUAGUUGGAGCAUAUCCCUUUGAGGAUCAGGAUGACCCUAGGAAUUUUAGGAAAACAAUUCAGCGUAUAAUGGCUGUUCAGUACAAAAUCCCGGAUUAUGUUCACAUCUCUCAAGAUUGCAGACACCUUCUUUCACGCAUAUUUGUCGCUAACCCAUUGAGGAGAAUUUCUCUCAAGGAAAUCAAGAGCCACCCAUGGUUUUUAAAGAACUUACCAAGGGAGCUAACUGAAUCAGCUCAAGCUGCCUACUACCAAAGAGGCAACCCAAGCUUUUCCGUUCAAAGCAUAGAUGAGAUCAUGAAAAUCGUGGGAGAGGCAAGGGACCCUCCUCCGGUAUCUAGGCCUGUCAAAGGUUUUGGGUGGGAAGGCGAAGAAGAAGAGGAAGUGGAAGAAGAGGUGGAGGAAGAGGAAGAGGAAGAAGAUGAGUAUGACAAGAGGGUCAAGGAGGUUCAUGCAAGUGGAGAAUUUCACAUCAGUUAAGCUGUCUAAUAAUUCUUGUGUACUUGUUACAAGUAUUAUUAUUAUUAUGUGGUAGAAUUCACUUAUUUGUGUGUACUAUAAUUUGUAACAACUUCUAAAAUGACACUAUUCAUGUAAUGUAGUACUAUAUCACCCAUGUUAUGUAUGAGAAAUGGAUUAGUGUACCUGGCUCCUUAUAUUCUGAAUUCC